GUUUAAUAAAGCAGCUACAGUUGGUUGUGCUGCUGAAUGUUUCAAGGUGUCCGGAAUCUACCCAUACAAUCCAGAUAUCUUCACAGAUGCAGAUUUUCUUCCUAGUGCUGUGACCUAAAGAGAAAUGGAUGAUAACCAAUGUUCAGAAUCACAACAGGAGAAUCCUCAAGAAGCAACACCCCAUGAACAGAGAGAACCAGUUAUGGAUAAUGAGCCUCGUGCUUCUGUUUUCAACAAGGAGCCAAAAAAACCAUCAACUGCGAGGAACGCUUUUACAGCAAUUGAGAAUGUUUCUCUAGUAACAGAAGCUCCAGCCGAACCAGUUCUGAAAAAAAUGGUGGUAUCUUCCAAGUUCCUGCACAGGUACCAUCUUGCAGCAAUGAAUCGGCCGCAAUCAAAUUGAAACUCCAAGAUAUUUGCCCUAUACCAAAAUCAGGUAUAAGAAAGACCGCAAACAAGCGAAAACAUAAGAAAUCUGAAAUACUUAGUGGUUCUUCAUAUAAAGAACAGCUAUUAGUAGAGAAUCAGUUGAAGAAAACUCCUGAGAAAAAAAUGAAAAAAGUUUGCAGAAAGCCUUCUAAAUAUCCUAAAAAAAAAGAAAUGGGCAUGCGGUGGCUGCAAUGAGGAGUAUAAAGAGCCGAUUACAGAGGAUUGGAUCUGAUGUUCUGUUUGUUCUGAAUGGUGGUAUGAGAAAUGUAUGGCCUACGUAGGCAUUGGACAGUUUAAGUGCGAUUUAUGCGCUUAAGAUACC